UAAGAUCCGCUACGUAUCGUCACCUUCACCUUCAUCCUCAUUUUUAUUUCUUCGUUCAGAUCUGUGAGCUUAAAAUCUCAGAACACUGUUUCUCUCUCUAGAAUCCGAGAGUUUUAGAGAGAGAGAGAGGAAGCUUAGUAGAGGGGGCAGCGAUGGUGGAGGCACAGUCAUGGACGACGCGUCGUAUGAGCAAUCCGAGGCUGGACAACACCACCACCGCCAUUGCAGACCAAGCGAUUGAUAUUCCGGCGACGCCGACCGGAGAUGUAAGGAACGGAGGUCUUGGAAUGUACGGGCUUGGAUCUUACUUCUCUCCGAAUGUAUUAACGGCUGUGAUUAUAGCUUCUUGGUACUUCUCUAACAUUGGAGUACUCUUACUAAACAAGUACCUUCUCAGUUUCUAUGGCUUUCGUUACCCAAUCUUCCUCACAAUGCUUCACAUGAUCGCCUGCGCUUUCUAUAGUUCCAUCGCCAUUAAUUUCCUCGAGGUCGUUCCGCGGCAGCACAUUCUGUCGCGCAAGCAGUUCUUGAAGAUCUUUGCUCUCAGCGCCAUUUUCUGCUUCUCUGUCGUUUGUGGUAAUACUUCUCUUCGUUACAUUCCAGUGUCGUUUAAUCAAGCCGUUGGGGCUACGGGGCCGUUCUUCACUGCCAUUUUUGCUUUCGUAAUUACUUGCAAGAAGGAAUCGGCUGAGGUGUAUUUGGCUCUUUUGCCUGUGGUUUUUGGGAUUGUGCUGGCUAGUAACAGUGAGCCAUUGUUUAACUUAUUUGGGUUCUUGGUUUGUGUGAGUUCGACUGCUGCUCGAGCUUUGAAAUCAGUGGUUCAAGGUCUGUUAUUGUCUUCCGAUUCCGAGAAGCUUCAUUCCAUGAAUUUGUUGCUUUACAUGGCUCCCAUGGCGGCCAUGAUUUUGCUUCCUUUUACCCUUUACAUUGAAGGGAAUGUCGCGAGUGUUACGAUUGAAAAAGCCAAAGGGGAUCCAUUUAUGGUGUUCUUGUUGAUUGGGAAUGCGACGGUGGCUUACUUGGUGAACUUGACCAAUUUCUUGGUAACCAAACACACCAGUGCCCUCACUUUGCAGGUGCUCGGGAACGCCAAGGCUGCGGUGGCGGCUUGCGUUUCGGUCUUAAUCUUUAGGAACCCCGUGACAGUGAUGGGUAUAGUGGGAUUUGCUGUAACGACAUUGGGUGUUGUUCUUUACAGCGAGGCUAAGAAGCGAUCUAAAUCAAUACAGAAGUAAGAGAUUUUUACGAAGAGUUUCAGUUUAUUGCCACAAAAAUGGGGUAUGGCCUCAGCUCUUUCGUCAUUCUUUAAUUACGCACUUCAUUUUUUUUUUUUUUCCUAGUUCUUUGAUUUUUCAUAUCUGGUUAGUGGAAGGAAGAAAAGAAAGAAAGAAAGAAUGAAAAUUUGCAAGAAAAAAAAUAUAUGCAAUUGAACUGUAUAGGAUGUGAAGAAGGGAGGAAAGGAUUAUGCCCUUUUAAUGUCUUUUGAUUUUUCUGAAUUUUUGCUUUUAAAUUUUCUUGAAAAGGGUUUUGGAUAAGAGAAUAUGAUUUUCGCUUGAUCUUGCCCUGUAUAAGUUGUAUUCUGCAGUUGAAACUCAUACAAAUUGAUUAAGAUAUCAAUCUCAGUGUAUUUUGUGGGGUGAAAAUAAUUUCUCCCACCAUAGCUUUCCUUUUGAUAAA